UGCAUAAUUAGCUGUUACGCGUAUUACAUGUUACCUAAGUCCUUUGUUGAUUUCCUUUCUUUCUUGUCGGCGUUUUGCGAGUAGGGGCUUGCAAGUCGAGCAUGGCUAUUUCCAAAUGCAUGCUAGUAGUACCCAUAUGUUGCUUCUAGAGGUAACAUUGAUUUUCACGGUGCGUGUGUGGUCUGCAGUUUACCUGUGUUGAGAGUCACCAGCUGAGAAAGAGAGAGAAAAUAGCUUUGAGGUAUUCUUGUCUCAAGUUGGCAGUGUAUUGAAUUUUCCGUCAGUGCAUCUUGUUUUACAAGUAGUUACAGGCGAAGGCAGUAGGCAACUAUGCGUAAGCAGCAGAGACAGCCGGUGCGUAAAGCUGGCAAAGGCGCGGACGAGCUGCUGCCGGGUCUGGUCGUUCGCGAUGCCAAGACAUCACCAGCAGUGUGGACAGCCGUUGCUCUGCAGCAGGCCAGGUUGAAAGACCUGGACAUGUCGUUUCCACAGUCUUUCUCUCUUCCGCCUGUGCACGGUCAAGCUAGUAAGGCCCAGCGUGCUGGAGCUGGGAAGUCACUCAGGAACAGCACUCGGCCGUGUGGCAAUAAGAAGGCUCUUGAUCCGAAAGCCAAUAGCAAGCAGGAGCGUGUGCUAGGUCCAAAGCAGAAGCCAUUGACGCUGGCACAGAAGCUAGGUCUUGAAGAACAACCAUCGCCAUGUCUCAGUGAAGGAGAGUGGAAACAGGUCAAACAGAAAUCAUCAGUGCGUGGUGAUUCUGAAGCUCCCUGUCCAGUAUGCCAUGAUGUCUUCACGGCAGAGAAACAGCAGGUCAUUCUCUCGUGCAGUCACACAUUUCACCUGGCAUGUUUGGAAGCGUUUGAGAAGUUCACCGCCAAGACCCGCGGAGGAGAGAGGACAGCAUCAUCCGGACACCAUGGUUGUCCCCUGUGCCGUCGGCGUGACUACGAGAAGAGACUGAUAUUCGAUGGCGAGCGCUCGCAUCUCUGGAAGUCAGCUUGUCUUAUUCAGGCUGCAUGGCGUAGCUACGCCGUUCGCAAGUGGUACACGAAAAUGCUGUACUCAAUGCCAAUGCCCACGGACAAAACAUUACAGCGACGCUACGUUGAGAGAAAGAUUCAUCAAGUGUCUGAUAGUGUAGUCAAGGCUGAAGCCAAACAGACGGCCGAAGUGGACAAGCUGCUAGAGGAAGUUGAUGAUGCUCUGGCACUGAGUCGGCAGAUAACCAACGAGGCAACUCUCUUCCUCGAAAGCCGAGCAGAGCCAGACGACCUUCCCAGGCAAGAGCAUUACGGUGGUAAAUGUGACAAGAUUGAUUGGGAUUCUGUCUCACGACAGGCCAAGACACGGUACGGUCUUGACGGCACGUGUGCUGUGUGCGUUCGACUGCUGACAUCACCAGCUGAGUGUUCAGCCGGCCGCGUGCCAGCUGCACGUGGCCAUACGGUGGCACUGCUGUCCUGUGCACAUGUCUUUCACACUGCCUGUAUUCUAGCCGUGGAGAACUACAGCUGUACGUCUGUGUUACGCUGCCCGCUGUGCCGAUGCUCGUAUGUCAGAACACAGUGGACACCAUCCAGAGCUAUUGAUAGUCCUUGAUUGUAACAUUAGAGUGUCCACUGGUACCUCACUAAUUUGAACAAAAUGGACAUUAGUAUGGGCAAUCCACAUUCUAUCCCUUCUUCUCUCCUCUUCAAGAAUAUUUUGUGGCAAUGGCUUUAGUUCUUUUUCCUUGGCAAUUCGUGUAGUACAGGUACUGUGAAAAGAGAGAGAGACAAAGUGAGAGUGAGUGAGUGAGUGAAUGAGUCACGGAGAGAAAGUUUCCAUUCGCAGUAAUGGUAGCAUGUCCCUAGCACGGACCUUCAUCCGGCUUGCCCGUGUUUCCCACCCGGCCUAGUUAUGACACCGUCAAUACUCAGAAUUCUGAUCAUUUUUACCUUACCCUAGCAGAGCUAUUUUUCAGCAAUAUCAUAUCACUAAUACUCGGUUUCAUCCGUGACAGACUGUGGCCGAGUCUGCAUCAUCUAUCAGUUAUUCUUAUCAUUGUUUGCAUCCUGGCAAUCAUCACUAAUUGGAGUAUUUAACCUGUGGA